GUAGGACACUUUCAUCUUGGACACUACAUAUCUAGAUUAUCUAUUUAUUAAUAUUUAUGCAUCAUGAUUCAGAAGUGACAAUUCUACAGUCUAUAAAAAAACUUUUGGUGUCUUCCUACAAAAAGAGAAAUAAAAGUUUAUAGUUUCUAUAGUUGCAAACGAAGUUAACGUGUACGAGAAGCGAAAGGUAAACAGCAACUAAUAUGAUAAUACAUUUAAAUAUGUAGCCUUCAAUUCUUUUAUCAACAGUACUGACAGAACUAAAGUGUAAUUGAAAGAAUAAACCAAGAGUAUUUUGUAACAGUUCUUCCAGUUACGAAUACCGCACAUUUUUCAUCGCCAUGGUAGAAACAGCUGGGUGUGGAGAAUUGCAGCAGUUGGUUCAAGAAGAAGAAUGCGAAGAACCGCUCAGCCAUGGAGGAGAAGUUACUCCUCCAUCGACACCAGCGAGAUCUCAUCGUCCGAGCAAAACUGAAGUUCAUAAUUCCAGUAUAUCGCAACAAAUAUUAUGGGAAAAUAACGCACAAACAUCGCCAAUUAUUAGUAAAGGAAGCUCCGGUCAAGGGACAAGUCAAGGCUCCAUGGUUUCCAGUCGAGCUGCUAAUGCUUCAAGUUAUACUGGCAAUCAAUCUCGACUGACAUAUCUUAAUGAGAAGGAAAAGCAGAGGCCUAAUCGGCCUGAUCCACCAAGAAUUGUAAGACAGCACAAAGCCGUGGUGCCAUGCAAACACCAUUGCUUUCUGUCAGAGGUUCCUGAUGUUCGCCAUAUGGAGCAAGCUUUGCUACAAUUGCUGGAAGAUUUUCACAGUGGCAAUUUGCGAGCAUUUGGAAAAGAUUGUAGUAUGGAGCAGAUGACGGAAAUACGAGAACAGCAGGAACGUUUGACCAGACUACACUUCGAGCUAGGUCAACGACAGGAAGUGGGUGGCGAGCAGUCAGGUCUUCGACAAUCGAGCGCAAAUGUGCGCCAUUUGCUUCAUCGUCUUCAACAACUUAGUAGAUUUGCGAGGAUGAAAUUAGCAACGUCAUUACAACCACAACGCACGAUUACAGCUCAUGAUACUUUGGAACACCUGAGCUAUGCAAAACGUCCUGCAUUCAAUGCACUGUGGGAACCGAAGAAUAUGAUCGGUAUUGAUGUAAAAACGACAGAAAAAAAACGUAUUCUUGGAGACAAAUAUCUGGAGAGCAUAAUCAAAGAAAGGCCAAGAAGCUAUAUGGUGCCAAGUGUAAGUUUAGAUGACGUGCAAGAUAAAGAUCAAAGAAAAUUAGUGAUCGACUUUAUAUACCAAAAAACGAUAGAUCAAGCGGCGAAGGAAGUUUGGAGCGAUUUUAAAAUACAACGUCCUUGUUUAUACAUAAAGAGACACGUAGAAGCGGAAAAACCCGAAAUUGAUCGACAAAUGAUAUCUCGUUUGCCAGUGAGAUUUCAAGGAACUGCUAGGAAAUGGGAUAGCAUGCAAAGUCGUUCUUUUCUCGUAGAUAUUUGCUAUAAUAAAAAAAUUAAAAGAAAGAGCGCCAUUGAAUUAGAAACACAUGCAAGUAAAGAGAUAUCAGAAGAAGAGCAAAUGAUAAGAAAAUUAAUCAAUGAAAAUAAAAUAAGUAUUAUUUAUGACAAGUUGCCUUUGUCGUAUACAGGACAUAGACCAUAUAUUGCACAUAAAGUGCCGAUAGAGAAGAGAGAAAUUAAUUAAUCAAAAAGUAACAGUGUACCAAUUAAUUUACAAAUAUGU